CCUUUCACCAUAUUGCAUUCAAGAUGGCUCCCCGUAAUAGAGGAGACAAGAAGAAGUCGACCAUGAAUGAGGUGGUCACUCGGGAGUACACCAUCCACAUGCAUAAGCGCAUCCACGGAGUCUCAUUCAAGAGACGUGCACCCAGAGCUGUUAAGGAGAUCAGGAAGUUUGCAGAGAAGGCCAUGGGAACUCCUGAUGUAAGAAUCGACUCCAAGCUGAACAAGGCUGUCUGGCAACAGGGUGUCAGGAAUGUUGCGUACAGAAUCCGUGUUCGAUUGGCCCGCAAGAGGAACGAGGAUGAAGAUUCUGUCCACAAACUGUACACCUUAGUCACAUAUGUACCUGUUACAACAUUUAAAGGACUACAGACAGUUAAUGUGGACAAUUCAGAAUAACUCUCCUGUACAAAACAAGAAAAAUAAAUAAAAUAGCAAAAAAAGUUAACACAUUAUUUUGUGUAUUGUGGAGAUAGUUGGAUUAAAUUAGUGAGGAUAACAAAACGCCAAAAGGAAAGAACAUAAUACUAGAAUGUUCUAUUGAAAAAGGAAUCUUAAUGCAGAUGCAGUCUGAUUCUGUCCUUGGUGUUCAUUGGGAAACCAUUAAAGGAAUAUUCCUUGCAACCCCAUCGCUGCCUUGAUGUCACCAUGACAUGAAAUAUGCCUGAGUUCCCCCAAUGUAAUUCCUCCAAUUUUCAGCAUUAAGUUACAAAUAUAAAUUGAUAUGAAACAAUAAAGUCAAAACAUCUACAAAGGUAGCUAGACACUGUGCUAUGAUUAUUCCAUCAAACGAAGUUUGUAGUAAUAAAGAGAUUAGAGAAGCCGCCCAUCCAUCCAUUCCAUCAAUUCGUCAUAUUGGUGAAUAGAUUUGUCUGUUCGUGUUUUUUAGCUAUAACUCAGAUACCGGUCGACAGAUUGGUUCGA